GGUACGAUCACAACCUUACCGUCUUAUACCAAGCACAGCCAUAAGGAAGCAUUGUAGAUUAUUGGAUUUAUCUCAGUUGAAAAGGUCCUACCAUGGAAUCCGAUCGUGGUUUAUUCUCGCAGCACGACAAACCACAUAAAAAGGAGUCUUUACUCGAAAAGAUCGAGCACAAGGUCGAACAGAAGCUUGGUGGCAAUCAACACCAACAACAACACGGCUACGGCGAACCGAACCAGAGCUAUGGUGGUCCCCCUCAAGGCCAUCAGCAGGGCUACAGUCAGCAGAGUCAGGGCUUUGGCAAUCCCCCUCAGGGCCAGCAUGGCGGCGCAUAUAACCACGGCUACGGAAACCAAGGACUAGGCCAUCAUCAGCAGGGUGGUUUCGAGCCAGGUCGUGGAGGCUUUGAGAGCGGUCGAGGUGGUUAUGGAGGUGGAGGUGAUGGCGGCUUCGGCGGUGGCCCAGGGGGAUUCAGCGGUGGCAACCAUGGCGGCAGACAGGAGUUCGGCGAAGGGCGAGGUCAUGGUUUCGAAGGUGGAAGUUUCGGUGGAGGUCGCGGCGGUGCUUUCGGAGGCGGCGACUUCGGUGGAGGACGCGGAGGAUUCGAAGGUGGCAGAGGAGGCGGACACCAUGGAGGUGGUGGGCGCGGAGGCGGUUGGUAAGGUGUAUGAGCCUUUAGCGGUCGAACAAGUCCCACUGUUAGCUAUUGCAGGGCAGAACCCAGGUUCCCAAUAACUCCAGUUAGAAGCGACCCUCGUGAGGACGUAGUCAGAGUAGACGUACCAUGUACGGAGCACUGUUGUACUUAAGGUGCGCAUAGAAUUAGG